AUGAACUGGCGAAAAAUCUUCUGUCUGACGGCCCGUCAGAAUUCCAAAGGCGGCAACUCUACUGCUGACCGCUCGUGCCCGAUGGAAACGGCUCGCAAAGCUAGCCACAGCGCCGUCCCAGUGGUCCUCUACAACGCCAAAGGUGUAACGUUACCUCCGAAGUCUCCGGCUGAAUGUCAUGAAGAAGCCGUUUCGAUAAGCCCCUCGCAUACGCCGGUGCUGCUCUCACCAGAAGUCGAUCGUCGGCGUCAAGCUGUAUACCCAAGAGGGCAUUCGACCCCGCUGAUGCGCAGCUUUGUCCAUUUAGCAAAGAUUGAUGAAUCGACGAUCUGCUUGCCCUGUGGAACCCACCCGGAACAACACAACGAAUCGACGUUCGACCUUUCUGCAGCUAUCGAACGGGCCGCGAAAAAGAUCCGGGAAAACAGCUCGGCGCGCGGAUCGGAGAAGAGCGAUGCGACUGCGCCGCCAAACUCGCCAAGCGAUUGCUAUACAGAUACCGAUACGCUGAGUGCUUCCCACAGCCCUGCAUUGCACUCCCCUGAUGCUAGCCACCGCCGUUCUGUCCCUAACGGCCACUCGACGCCAUUGAGAAAUAGCUAUGUGCAUUUGCCAAAGAUCGAUGAGUCGGCAAUCUGCGCUUCUUCGACCAACCGUGACCGUCUCGAACACCACGACGUGUCCUUCGACCUUUCCUCGGCAAUUGACCAAGCCGCCAACAAGAUCCGAGAUGAGAGCCGCCCGGAAUACUAUCAUGUGUUU